AUGGUGGAGGCCACCUCUGACAAGUUCAUCGUUGUUGUGGACGACAUGAAGCUCGUCGAUAGCUUGGGGGCAGCGGUCUCUCCAUGCAAUGGAGGUGAUUCAGUUCUACUGGAAGUGUCAAACAUCUACAUUCGAACGAAAAAAGAUGAAGGGGGAGAGCUUUUUGGCUUUGUGCGGUUUGCAAGAGUUGCCAAUAAACAUGGCGCUUGGGUAUCUAAAACACAUGUGGCUGGUGGGAAGUCUUAUGCUAAGGUUGUUGCAGAAGAGUCCAAAGUAGUUUACCCACCCCUCCUAGCCUUCUUGGGGUUACCAUCUUUUAGGAAACCUAUCUUUUGCUUGGAGCCUCGUAAAAGAGUAAAAAUGGAUGACAUCAUGAUGGAUGGAACCCAAAGCACGCAAGCCAAUGAAAAUAGGCUAAAGGAAGUUUCAAGUGAUGAUGAAAGAGAACUGAUUGAGAGGAAUAUAGAAGUUAGGGAAGCAUCUUCGAAUAAGGGCCCAUAUGUUUGUAUUGGGUUUAUGAGCUUCGACAAGGAUCCAACAAAAUUGAAAAACAAACAAGGAGGGUCUGUGUUGAGGCCCAACGUCACACAUGAUUCAUAUGGUCCCUACUGCAAUCCAUGGGAUUUUAGAGAAGGUCUCGACAAGGAAAUUUUAUUCGCUACUUCAGAUUCCUUUUCUGGUAACACAAUCACAAACUCCAACAUCCAUGAUUGUAAUUUGUUGUUGAAGAAAGAUAUUGAACCUGAUCAAAUGACUUCUAAAAGUAUGGAGAUGAGUAAGCAACUUAGGGUAGUAAUUCAAAACAAUGAAUAA